AUGCUUUGCAACUGCGUAGAGACGCGGGACUGGAGCGGGGCAUUCAGUCGUCGUCCCCCGCUAACUUUGGCCGAAUACUUACGUCUCACCCCACCCCCCUUCUCCGCGCAAACAGCGGCUUCUUUCCGCAGAGAGAACAGAAAAGCAGACCGAACCAAGGAAGGAGGCGGGGGGGGGGAGGCAGUAGCGCCGUGCGAGGGAAGUAGUCCCGGCGCCAGGCAAAGCACUGCUGCAGGGGCAGUUGCUCGCUCGCUCUCGCUCUCUCGCUGGGCCGGUAAGUGUGAAUAAGGGAGCGCGCGGCCGAGGGAGGGGGAGGAGCCGUGGGUGAGUGGCAGCGGUUGGCUCGGCGCUGCGGGCGGCUCUGCCUUCUCGCUAGGACGAGGCGGGAGGCAAGGAAGGGGCGAGGCGGCGGCUCCUCUCAUUUCCCUGUCCGGCGCCAUUUUGUAGCGCAGCGAAGCAGCAAAUAAAGAGCGGGGCGGGAAGCGAGCGUGGUGGUGCUGGCGCGGCGGCGGCGGCGGUGUUGGCGGCGGCCUUCCCCAAGCAGAGGUGCUGCUGGGCCCGCUUGAUUGAUGCGACACGAGCCCCGGCGUGGAGGCACCCGCUGCAACCGGGAGACGACGACGACGACGACGCCUCGGGGCCGCCACGGGCGGGAGGUGAGUGGCGGCCUCUCUCCGCUUCGUCGCGCGAGGGCUGCAUCCGCCCGCCGCAGUCCCCGCUACUACGGCUCCCGGAGAGACCCGAGGCUCGCCAGCCCUGAGCGGGAAGGGGCAUCCACCUCACGGGCGGGGCGGGGAGCGCCUUCCCGGACUAACGUAACUCGAAGCGGGGGGGGGGGGUUUAAACUCGGCGCCUUUUCCUGCGUUACGGGCACCCGUUACGGGCAUUUCUUCAUGGUUGUCGUCACCCCCCUCAAAAAAAAACCCUCCACACACUCCCCCCCCCUCAGCGUUUUUCAGAUAGCUUGUUUGGGGACGGGCAUCCUCCGCUCGCCUGUCUUGUUUACUAUGGACCGGCCUUCCUAAAGGCACCGUCCUUCGUAGACAGGAGCGUGGAUACCCUGGGAUUCGAAAAGACUUCUUAGAUUAUUUCUUAAUUACGAGGAGGCCUUUUAUCCGUAAGACCUGAAAGGACUUGGCGACACGUUUUUACUUCUACGCCAUUUGGAUAGAGGGGAAAUCGGAAGCCAGCCGUAGAUGCAGAUAGAUGCACACAGAGAGACAUUCCCCACGCAGAAUAUGAAAGGUUAUAAAGCUUUAGACUGCACUCCUCCUCUGCAUUGGAGACCGCGCCACUGUAAUAAAUGGGGCUUCGAAGUAAAUAAGGAUGGGAUUGGACUGCAAGUCACAUGGAUGGGUUAUUUAGGCUCGAUUUGGCUCGCUAGAAAGUAAUGGGUUCCUCAGAUUGCAGGCAUCACUACUUGGUGCAAGAGAGAAAGCAGGUUUGAAUUGCCACUGCUUAAAACAGCGAUUUUAUAAAUAAUUUAAAGUCAAUAAUUAGAUUUUUUAAAAACAAAACAAAACCCUGUUUGUUAACUUUUCCAAGCAAAUGUAGGUUACACUUGCUUUCUAAUCAAAAGUCUGUUUGAAAAUAUGGGUUUGGCAGUAUACUUUGCCAAAUUGUAAGGCUAAGGUGCAAACUUGCUCAGUGGUAUCAAUUUAUUGAGAGUUCGGUUGCUCUUUGGGGAACAAAACAAGUACAGUAUAUGCUGUAACAUCUCAAAUGUUACAGAUGCAUUUCCAACGUAGAAUUUGUAGACUGACUACUGGAAAUAUUUCUGUUCAAGCCAGUUUAUAUCCUUUGAGAACAAGAAACUUUUACACAAUGUGUCAGAUUCUAAGGAGUACUGGGUGCCCCCUUCCCAAGGUGAUUUUCAGGUGCAGCUUACAAUGUCUGGAUUGAUUGUCAUAACCAAAAAUUUGAUAUCUGUCAUAACUCACCAAGAGUGAGGUUUUCAUCUGAGGGCCAAUAAAUAUGUGUUGCCCAUAGGUAAAGUGUUUCCUUAUGCAACUGUUCUUUGAUGUUCACUCAUGUAAAAACCACCAUGCAAAGUGAUCUAUUCACAUUUAGAGGCACCAUACUAAUGACAGGCUAUAGUUGCUCAGGCUACAGUUCACUGGUAUACUAAGUUAAAACGUGAAUGAGUUGACUCUAGAAGUAAAUGCAUUCAUUUAUACAUAAUAGGAUGUGCAUGGAGCACUUACACAGACAAGCACUUUCCUCAUAACUGCCACCAUGUUUGUUUCAGCCUGGAUUGCUCUGUUGCUUGGAGAUGGAUGCUUAGCUUAGAUCAGAAGUGGGUCAGGGAUGAGAGAAUUUCUUCAUAAUACACUGAAAAUAAAAUCUAGUUACAUGACAGCACAGUUGUUUAUUUUCUUAAAUACUAUGAAAACUGACAAAAGAUUUUACAUGUGUGACUUGACAGAAUCAUAAAAGUUAAGAUGACAUACUUGAGUGUUUCAAUUAAAUACCUUUAUAUUUAACUUACAUUUUGAUGUUGAAACAGUUUAAUUUGGUUAUUUAACCAAAUAUAGUUAAUAAAAUGUAUGCAAAACAGCGGAAACAAUAAUACUUACAUGUCCUUGCAUUCAUGAGGUUGUUUGGGUAUGAAUAUGGGGUUUGUUACUUUUGGAAUGGUAUCUAGUAUGGAUCUGAUCACGUUCUGAAGGUGGAGUAUGUGCACUGAACACUGCAGCUAAAAUGACUUAAGAGGGAUUGAUGCUUACUUGCAAUAGAACAAUUGGAACUUAUCGAGGAUCACAGGGUGGUGUGCAACUUCACUAAAGCCAUUGGCUAAUAUGAGUUAUAGGUAUGAGUUCUUUCUAUAGCCAUCUUGAACACAGAUGUGAUAAUACAAAAUCUGAGUUCACAAAUCCUGAAAGAACAAUUUGUUCUUAAAUUGAUCAGCUUUACACAAUAAUAUGAAGCCAUGAAUAAAGACUGGUUUUGUGAUUUACCUUUAUAGAAGGGAUAGAGACCCUUGUGUGUGUGUGGAGAUGAAAGUGGCUCUCUAGGCCUCUAUUUGGCCAUCAGAGCUCUCCCUAGGCCACAUCCUGCUUUGCACUCUCCUCAAGUGUUUUUGCCUGUCAUGAAUGUAUUCUUGAAGUCUGAUAAUGCCUGUUGCUUACCUGAAUAAAGAACAGGAGGUAUGUGAGUGUGUGCAGAUGCUAGCCCACUGUACAAAGGUAAAAUGUACAUUUAUUCCUUCUCUCACUUUUGCUUCAGGCCCUGACCACCACUGGCAUGUAGCCCUCAGAAGGUUGCUCAGAGAUAUGGCCCCUUAAGACUUUAAAAUAAAUACUGAGAUGAGUCUAGCUGAGGGAGACUUGGGGAUUUAAAAACAUAUUGAUUGCUUUUAGAAGUACCUGCUCUUUGCUAAUAAUUUAAGGAAAAUAUUUUAUCCUAUAUGGAUUUAUCAACAUUUUAAUCUGGGUGUUGCAAGACUCAUUCAUGAUUGAAUAAUUCCCAAAUAAAGUUGCAAAAGAUUGAUUGAUUGAUUGAUUAUAUUUCUAUGCUGCUUUUCAUUCAAAUGAAUCCCAGUAGCAUACAAACAAUACAUAAAAAUAACAUCAUAGAACAUUACAAAUACAGAAUAAAUCUUCUAGAAUACUUAACAAAUCAAUGAAACAGUUACAAAUCAUCAGUAAAACAAUUACCAUCUAUGAAACACUAUUAACAAAACAACUAAAAAAAUAAGCUAAGCAUCAAGUAAGAUAAGUUCAGAUUUUAAAUUCAGCACAACAUAGUGGUUCCCUGACUGUCUCUGAGGUAGGCAUAGUGCCAGUUAAUUGCAGGAAUACAUUCAAAAGUGAUGAACCACUAUUUAGCUAAAGCUUUUGUACCUACAUAUAUCUGAAUUCCCAUACCUUUGCAUGCCUUUUCCUGGAAAGUUCUUGCCAGAAAAACUUUGGAACAAGGACAAGGUAUAGCUGGAAACAGAGUGUCAGUGAAGAUAUGAGACAAUAACUAAUGACUAGAUAAUUGGUAUCAAUAUUAUUUACAAAGAUUUUUGGCAAUAGAGACAUAACAACAUGCAUUAGAUAUGGAAAGCUUAUAAAUGUCAGAAAAAGUAUUUGAAUACAAAAUAAUAGUUGUGUUCAUUGGACAAAACUCAGAAACCCAGCAGGGUCAUAAGGUAGAGUACACGUUUUAAAAAAUUAAAAAGUCAUGGAUUUCAGUAGGAUUUAAUUCAGAUCAUUUUCUCAGACUUUGCAGCAGAUAUGUAUAAGCAGAUACCUAGUACUGCUGUAAAAAUGUUUAAACCAGUAACUUACAUGUAAACCCUUUCUGUGCUGUGAAAUGAGCUUUCUGUUAGCUGUAGUUAGUUACACUCAACACAGGAGGUUGGAUCCAUAUUUUUGCUUUCAUGGACAGAAAGAACCCAAGAUCCAGCAGAGGCUCUUGCUGGAAAAAGCAAGAGACAGUUUCAGCAGAGGAAUUCCUGUAGCUGCCAUCACCAUCUCCCAAGGACCCUCUGACCCAGUUUCUCAGGAGGAAUUGGAGAAGUUGGCUCCCCACCUCCUCCAAUGGGAGAAUCUCUUGGGUGGUGGUCUGCCCAGGGGUAGUCUGGAUCUAAUACUUAGAGCCCAAUUCGUCAUAAUUAUUGAAAGUACAUAAUGCUGUGUUCAGUGGACUCACUUCAGUUGCAUCAUUAUUUUCAGGUGGCAUAAAAAUGCUGGCUAUGGUAGUAAGAGGACCAAAUAAUGAUAGUGUUUGUUUCUUUUAUGCAGAAUUCACAAUGACUAAUGAAGAACCACUUCCGAAGAAGGUAAGCUUGAAAGCUGUAGCAUUUGUAUUUGUUUUUCAAUAUUGCAUGAGGAAAUAGUUGAACUUGAUUAUUUUUGUUCUGCAGGUUCGCCUCAGUGAUACAGAUUUCAAGGUUCUACCUAGAGAGGAGUUGAUCUUAAGGUAAAGUGAUAGGCUACCUUCUACUUAAAAACCAUGCAUCUCUUAACUGUUUCAUUUUGUAUAACUUCCAUUUUCAUGGUAACAGGGAACUAAAAAGCAAUUUUAAGUUUAAUGAGGUAGAAAGAUUAACACUAAACCUUUUCCUACUGGCUGUGGAGAAAAAGUACAUUGUUUAUCCAAAGGCAAGUAGCUGGAAAUUCUGCACUUAGAAUGCAGAAAGGAAAAAAGUCAUUUGAUAUACUUUCAGACUGUAUAGAGAAUUCCAGAGGAAAGAAUGUAAGAGUAUGACCAAGAGUCUGCACCUUGGCGUUCUUGGGUUUGUAACAGAAAUAAACUCUCCAUGUCUUUCAUAUAUGAGGCUAGAAACUUGUUUUAAAACUGCAGAAAUGAAGGAUGGAAAGGUGCUUAGGGUGGUGCUAGAUGUGAGAUUGUCUGUCUCAUUGUUUUUGGUUGGAAAGAGCUUAAGAUAUUUAAUGAAUACCCUAUUGUGCGUUUAAGUGUGAUCUUGUCUGUACUCCCACUUUGCACCAAGCAUGCCAUAAUUUAAUAAUUUAAGAUUCAAAAACAAUUUUCCUUCCUCAUUAGGUGGAAGCAAUAUGAAGCAUAUGUGCAAGCUCUGGAGGGCAAAUAUACAGACCUUAACUGUAAGUGGAAACUCAAUUGCAAAAUAGAAGUGAUAAUAAAGAAAAGAGUUGUUUUAAGGGGCAGCAGUUGGGUUUUCUGUACAGCUCAGAAAAAGUAUCUGAACAGCCCUUUAAGUAAGCUUGGCCAGGCUGAUUCACAAACCAUUUAGAACUGUAGUUCCCUUCAAAGGUUCACUUUUAUCUAUCUACUUAGAGUUCAGACAUAUUAAUGGCAUUACCAGUUCAGUCACUCAGGCUUAAGUAACCUAUCUCUGAUGUACAUUGUUCAAAUUGGUGUGUCACAGGCCACAUUUUAAGUCAUUGGUAUACAGUGUUUACUAAGCUUAAAUGUGGUUUAUGUUUUUAAAAAAACCCAACAAAGAAACAAAACCCAGACGUAAAUAAAAUAUACACAUAACUAGCAGCAGCUGCUGUAAGCUUCCUAAUCUAUCCUCCUAUCCUGCCAUCUCUUUUGUACAAAGGUAUUCCAGGUAACCCAUAGGAGGAGGUGAGAAAGUGGCUGGCUCAAAUUAAUGUUAAAGGUUUUUGGUGGUCUUUUCAGAAGUUUUUGGUGUGUUAGAAGUGCCUCUACUAAAGUUAAAUGAAUUCAGCAGAUCUAUGAGUGGGACCGGUGUUCGGUUUCCCAUUGGGUAUCUUCGUUAAGCCGGCACUUACUGUCUGCAGUAGUUUGGUUAACUGCAGUAAAUGGAAACCCUUGCUCAAACUGAUACUGUUGUAAGUGCUGUGGGUGCAUCUAAUAAUUAAAUACAGUGGUACCUCGCAAGACGAAAGGAGUUUUUGUUUUUUGAGCUGCUUCGCAAGACGAUUUUCCCUAUGGGCUUGCUUUGCAAGACGGAAACGUCUUGCAAGUUUGUUUCCUUUUUCUUAACGCCGUUAAUACAGUUGCGACUUGACUUUGAGGAGCAACUCAUAGAACGCGGUGUGGUAGCCUUUUUUGAGGUUUUUAAAGACUUUGGUGAGUUUUGAAGCUUUUCCAAAACUUUCCCGACACCGUGCUUCGCAAGACGAAAAAAAUCGCAAGACGACAAAACUCGCGGAACGAAUUAAUUUCGUCUUGCGAGACACCACUGUACUUAUUUUUGUUUCAGGAGGCUUAAGCAGGAUUUCUGAAAUGCUAUCAUAAAAUCACAGUGCUGUGACCUUGCCUGUAGCCAUCAUGUAUGUUUUGUGGUCUCUGCAGUCACAGCUAAAGACCUGUUUGAGAACUAUGGUUUUAGACCAGCCUUCCCCAGCUGGUGCUGUCCAAAAAUUUUGGCUUCCAAUCAUAUCAUUCCUGGUUAUUGACUGCUGGUUGCGGUGGAGUAGUUUAAAAUAUAUGGAGGGCACCAGGUUGGGGUAUGCUGUUCUUGAAAAACAUUAAUAUAGAAUGAAUGAUAAAGUGUAUCAUAUUUUGUGUAUAUGCACCUUCUGAUCAUUUGUGGAAUUCUUAAAGCCAAUACAAUGGGUUCUUGCUGUAAAGUCAGGUAUGGGAAACCUGUGGCACUCCAGAUAUGGUCGUAUGAGGAGAACUGGGGUCCAACAAAAUCUUGGCAAGCCACAGUUUCUCUGUCAGUACCUGCUUAAGCCCAUUAUACAGAUACAGAUAAAAUUACUUAAGAGGGUUUUUUUAAUCUUUACUUUGCAAUCAGAUUUGUUUGAUUUGUUAACAUAAACCCAUUCAGUCAGAAAAAAUCAGUGUAAAGUGGUAUUAAAGUAAGUGUUGUUGAACUCCUCUGCAUCCUUGGGAUUUGAGUUCAGGUUAUUUUAAGCUAUUUGAAUCUCAAAAUUGUCCCUCUGGAAAGAGAAGCUUUCCUUUACAUGUCCACCUUGGGAUUAAUACUGGGAACAACAAUUAGGCACAAAAGGAUAGUUGUACAGGUUACCAUGCGAUACCUCUAGAGUGACAAGCAAGCUUUUUUCUAAACACACCCAAGAGAGUGCUAUCUCAAGUAUGAGUUUAAUUAACAUGAACCUGUUGACUGAUCUCAAACAAAAUGCAGUUUGUAGAAAAGUUCAGUUCUUUUCUUCCAGUUGGGGUCUUGGGAAACUGCAAGCCGUUAUUAUUGGUGUGUUUCUACUGACAGCAGAAAGUUUUUACCAGUUUUAGGACAAAGCUAAAUACCAGACUAUAGUUCUGUUACCCUCAAUGUGCUGUCUCUGUCAUCUGUAGAUGUUAAUAGAUCCACAGCAUGAAUUUUGUUUGUGGGACACUGCAAUCACAGUAAUGGUCUAAUCCCCUUUAAGUGCCUCUAAGUCCUUUAAACAUGGCAACUGCUUUUCAGCUUUCUAGUUGUUAUGGAGGUUAUGUAAUCUUCUAUGAACUUAAUAUCCUUGGUUAAUAGUUAAAACAUGCUAUGUUGGUGUCUCAUGAAUUUAACUACAAAAUCUUUUGCCUAUAUAUAUAGAGAGAGAGUUAUUUUUUAAGAUGGUACAAUAUUUUGUUGCAGGAGUAGGCUAACUUGGGCACCUAAAAAAAUAAAUCAUUGCUUCUCACAAGUAGUCCUUUGAAAUAGAAAUGAAGGGUGGCAUUCCGUGAAGUAGUGAAAGGACUUCUGUCUUUGCUUUGGAACUUACCCUCCCUUUUCUCUCCUCAUACACUCACAAAAUCUGUUAAGGGGGUUCCAGCAACCCUCUGAAGCAAAUUUGAGGAUGAAGCAGGGGAAGAGGAGAGGGAGGGGGAGUUCCCUUAUUAUAGACUACUGGUCCUACCCGUUGCUGACAGCUGACAGGAAAAAGGAAGGUAGAAAAAGGGUAGGAAUCUCCUAAUUGAUCUUUGCUGUGUUUGUGCAGCUUUGCUUGCUGUAGAGGAGCUAUUCCUUUCCCCGUUAAAUUCUUGUAUGUGGGUUUAGUUGAUUCAGUAGGGGAGCAGAAGCAAACAAAUUUGAUGGUCAAGUUGUUUUGCUUAGACAAAAAUUUGGUUUAAGGUCUUUAUAGGCUCCCACUAAAACUUUACUGUUUGCUUUGCCAUUCAACAAUAGCUAAUGAUGUAACUGGAUUGAGAGAGUCAGAAGAAAAGCUGAAGCAGCAACAGCAAGAAUCUGCUCGAAGAGAAAAUAUCCUAGUGAUGCGGCUGGCAACUAAGGAACAAGAGAUGCAAGAGUGUACUGUAAGUGAAGCUUUUCAACUUGUUGCAGAUGAAGGUGUCUGUGUUGAUAUAUUUAUUUUUAGCUUAACAUCCUGUAUGUGGAAUACUAUUAACAUCCUGUGGUGUUUGCUUCAACUAUCCUGUUGCAUGAGUGUUUUUUUCAGAGUCCUUUUGGUCAAAAGGCCACAUUCCUGGCAGAAUGAAAACUUUAAUGAAUCAUGAUGCCUUCAUCUUUUUAAGUGACUGAGAACUACCCUAGAUUAGUAGCAGACCUAAGCAAAACAUAGCUACUUUUAAAAUAACAACAAUAAAAUGCUGUGCACAUUUAAUUCUGCUGUGAUGCAUAGGUAGCUGAAACAACUUCUGUGUAGCCAAAUUGUGGUGGUGUAUGGCGAAGAUGACCCAGCUGUUCUGAUCUGUAUAUGUCCUCUCUACUUCCAAAAUGAGUUAAUGGAGUCCCAAAGGUAUUUCAGGAAGCAGGCCCAGUAUUCACUAUUGUCUUCUGUACCUACAGUAAGAGGAACAGCACUUUUCCUUGUGAAUGACUUCCUUCAAGUCAUUUGUCGUUUUACUUAAUUCACUUAAUUUAGGUGUACCUGUAUAAAUGUAGAAGCAGAGCUUGGCUUCCCAGUUUGUGAAUAGUUCUAGCAGACAAGACUAGGAUAUUGGUUGGCUUAGGGAAAUAUCACUGUGGUUAGGGAGGUAUUUCUAGCUAUAUGCCUAUUUAUGCUGCAGAAUCUCAAACUUAUCAGUCCAUAGCUUGGGAGUUGAUACAUUUAUGUUCAUUACUUUUUGUGCAGUUUACUGCAUAAAUAUUUUCAGAUCAGAGAUUGGCUAGCAGUUGCUUUGGCCACCUUUUCUGCAAGCUGUAUUUCAUACUGUAGCUCCUUUAAAGCACUUUGAGAUGGGGAUUCUAGAAGAAGACAAAAGUUACUCUGAUUUAGAACUUCCCAACUGAUAUCACAGUACCAGUGUUCAUUGAGUAAUAAAUAUUGGCAGAAGAAAAUGUGUUAAGUAGAAUUUUCUCUAAUGUAGUAUUCAUUCAAAUAACAAUGAAUUUUGAAGAGAUCUGUCCUGCAAGUUCAUAUUUCCUCUAAGAUAGGUAAAAAAAAAUGGUUUUAAAAGUUCUACCCCCAAAAAAAGGAUUAAAGCCACAUAUUUAUUGGCCAGUCAAAUGUCUCUUUGAUGUUACCUGCCUUUUUACAGAAGUGCAUGCAAAGAUGAAAACUACUGCCAACGUUAAAGAGAGAACUUGAUGUAAGCCUACUAGUUACUACUAGUACAACUUAAAAUUGAGUUGAGAACAACUUAUAGCUCUGUCUUUUGAGGAGCUUAAAGUGUAAAAUUACAAAUAAAAGGCAUAUGUUGAUUCAUUUAUUUUAUAAAAUUUGUAUACCGCUUGAUUGUGGUGGGUGAUCUGAAGGUGCUAUGGGUUAAAUUUUGGGAGUAGUUCCUGGAGGUUGAUACAGUGAUGAUUAAAAAAAAAAUCCUAGGUACCUAGUAUGCUGGUGGAACAAACACAAAAUUGCCCUGUUCUUUGGAUCCAUUCUAAGCAUCCAAAUUCCGUGCAUUCCUGUCAGUUUCAGUGUUCAGUUGUAUUCAAGAAAAUGUUAAAUUAUGAGAUCCUUAUUGUAUGGGGGUAUCAGACUGAAAUGGGCUAAGUUGGCUCAUGAAAGCUUAUAAAUGCCAAUGUAAUCAUUUCACCCCCUUUUAUGCAGAAUCAGAUCCAGUACCUCAAGCAAGUCCAGCAGCCAAGUGUUGCUCAACUGAGAUCAACAAUGGUGGACCCAGCCAUCAACUUGUUUUUCCUAAAAAUGAAAGCUGAACUGGAACAGACUAAAGACAAACUGGAACAAGCCCAAAAUGAACUGAGUGCCUGGAAAUUUACACCUGAUAGGUAAACAAAACAUACUCCCCAGUCAAGACUUCCCUGACAGAGAAUGCUUUGGUGGGACAACCACGUACUCGUUUCCACACCAAGACUCAGACGUUUUGAGCCAAAAGCCACAUUCUUAUACUGUCCAGCUUGUAAUGCUUAAUGUAAAACUUAUCAGAUGAACCUUGUGUUUCAGCUUUUCCCCCCCUUUGCUUCAGAGGCCUGACAGCGUCGGACUAUUCUGAAGAAGUGGCCACCUCAGAAAAAGUGCCCUUUCUAGAACAUGUAGACAUUUGCGAAGUGGUUCUGUUUGAAGAAAAUAGAGGGAGAAGCAGAAGUCUAAAGUCUGUGGCACACUAUGUCUACAGACAGUUUGGAGGAGAACCUAGAGAUUUUAAAUCAUGAAUUGAUCAUGUCAAAUUCGAGUAAAACAUUAAAAUGGAAUAUGCUUCGCUCUUAACCCUAAACCUAGUGACUUAGAGACUGAUUAAGUCAGUUUUGCCAAUAAGACUGUGGACUUCCUCCUUGUUCACUGAACUGCUGGGUCAAAACUCAAUGAGGUGGAUUUUGUUUAAAUCACAUUUGGUAAUCGGCUUUGAAUAGCUGUGAGAACACGCACACAGUCAGUGUUGAUUUUUCCUAGCAUUUGGGUUCCAUAGGACUUCAGUGAACCUUUUCAUGGCUUUGAAUAACAAAUUGUUCUGUGGAUGGCUGGCAAUAUGUGAACUCCUAAAUCUAGUACUGUACGUAUAGUUGCAAUUUAAUUACAUCUUCCUAACCUUGUUGAAGCAGUUGUGUACGUCCUGAAUCUCAACUAGUAUAUCUAACCCCAAACUAGUUGUGAUUCUUUUACUGCCCUUAUCCAUGCAGAAGUGCCAUUCAUUAUUUUUAUCCUGAGACACUAUGUGCAGGCUAUACAAGGUGCUGCAGUAGUAGUUACUUUCAGAGUUUGUUUGGGGCAUUUUGCAUUCCACUGUAUACCUAGUUUUUGUACUGCAGCCUUCUAUAAAAUGUGCCUUGAAAUAGUUGUACUGCAUAGUUCAGGGGACACUGCUGUUCGUACUACUGUAUGGGAAGCUUUCAUGUAGUAUGAAUAUAAAUAUGUAGAACAGGCUGCUACUUGAUUUUGUCCUGUUCUCUGGAAGAGAGAUGAUGUUGAAGCAAAUUGCAUGCAUCCCACUGGUUGGCAUCAGUUCAGAAGAGUUGAUACUUUUUGAUGCCUCGUCAUGUCCCAAGUGAUUUCCAGGAAUGGUAGUCUGGGACAGUUUAGUGUGCAUUCUUGAGGUCACAGUGGAAAGACUGCCGAAUAUAAUUGAACCAUAAUAGUCAAUAUAUAAUAACAGAAAGAAAAUUAAGGACUGUUUCAUAGUAGGUAAAAUAUAAGAACAAAUAUUUUAAUGUUCCACUUCCAGCAUUCCCAAUACAGUAUUGGUUGAGUUAAAUAAAAGAUACUUCUAUGAAGUACUUUUUAGCUCUGCUUUAGAUAAUUAUUGCAGCAUAUGAAAUGUGGUAGUAUAUGAACCUUUGUCCAUUAUUGAGUCUACAUCGAAAGAAAACCUUGAAGCAAAAACAAAUUGCAUCUUUCAAACAUCUUGGGGUGAUGCUAUGGAAAAUCUUUUAAAGGUCUAGCAUCAAAACAGAGGUAAGACCAACAGAGAAAACAGCAAAAACUGUCUUAAUAUGUUGCAACUGACUUUGUAAAACUUGUUAAAUGUAUAAUCAAAAAUCAUUUCUCAUAGGUAUGUUUUAAUUGUGGGAUGUCAUACAGAUUAUUUGUGAACUUCAGCUUAAUCAAUUCAUGUGUGGUUAGAGGAUGGUGACUUCAAAUGUUUUUGGGUUCUCAAGGUGACAUGAACCUAAGUAUGAACUUACUUCGUUUUCACUUCAAAUAGACAUCUGGAAAAACUAAUUUUUGCUUGAUUUUUAGAAAAAACAGGUCUUUGAUAUAUACAUAUUUCCACUUACUGUGAAAUCACAUCCCUUUAAACAUUUAAGUUUUAUUUGAUAUGCCUUACAAUUGACUUUGCUACACAUUUUAAAGGUCUAAGGGGUGGGAUCUUAAUUUAUCCCUUUCAAGAAAUAUUUUCAUCAUUUGUCUUCCAUGUGUUUUGCCAAAAUUUCUUUUUGACUUGAUACUUGAAAGUACUAGUUCACUCUUCUACAGAUUAAUGUGGUUCUGAAGGGUCAAAGGAACAGUUCUUGUAUUUGCACAUCACUUUUUGUGGAUCAUUGUCUGUGCUCAAGAGCUGAUUGUUUCAACAGUGUUUUAAGUAUUGUAUUGCAUUGUCCUUGUUCAUAGGAUUCCAGAUACAGUAGGGGAAAUCACUGAAUGCUAUAUUUUAACUAUCACUGAUACCACACAUAGUAUCCAAUAGUGAUGCUAAUUAUGGGGGUGGCAUCAUUGAGGCUUCCUAGUUAACAGGAAAAUGCUUAAAAAUUAUAACUUUACCAGAAUAUUUGAUUUGUUAAAUAGGUGGUAGUUUUCACUGCAGCAGCAUCCUGCAAUUCUGUUAGCUUGUUACUGUUGUUGCCAUUCUCACCCAUUUAUAAUCUCUUUCUUGACAAAAAUAGUUUCUUGAUUUUUUAUAUGAGACAGUAGUUUGGUGAACAUGAAAACAUAAGCAACAACUUAAAUUCCUAUGUAGGUUCUUAAAGAGAUUAUGUUGUGCUGGAGGUGGACAUGAAGAAUGCAUCAUGGAUAUUCUGAAAUGGCUGAAAUUCUUGAAGGCACAGGCCAAGAUCCAAAGAACCAUCCUUCAAAGAGUUUGAGGGUUUUGACUUUUUUUUCUUGAACCAAAGCCUCAUAUAAUGCAAGGGAUGAUUUUGAAACCGAGAAGAGUUUCAGAAAUUAAUGAGGGCUGUUAUUAAAGAAAAUUUUAAAAAAUCAGGACCUGUUCAAUCCCCUCUUGUAUACUUAAAGCAGCUCUUUGGAUCCUGGCCAUCAUCUUUGUGUGAUAACCAAGGGUCACUUCAUGCAAAUUGUUUUCUGUAUUGAUCAUUGUUUCCAUGUAGAAAAAAUAGGUAUAUGCCAUAACAUGUGAUGCAUACUGAUAUGUACUUCAGCACAUGCACACUUAGUGUGCGUGAUUAGCAGUGGGUUCCAUGUAUUCAGAACACAUGCACAUGUCACAUUAUGGUGUAAGGUUAGUUUUCCUAUGUGGAACAGGUUUAUGUAGGAAAAUGCCUUGUGUGAAGUACCCUUCUAUGUCUUGAAUUAUAGCAGAGAACACUUGCAAACGUUGAACUUUUAUUUAGCCACAAUUGCAGUAUGAACAGGCAAAAAAGCUGAGAAUUGGUUGGUGAAACAGUUACAUAUCUGCUUACAGUUUUUGGCUAGGUGCACACAGGAUUUGCAAGGAAUACAUAUUAAGGAAAAUGAAAUGCUAACGUUAACUUGCUGGGAUUAUAGUAGAUCCAUAUAUAGGUAAGCUUCAAGAAUGUGUGUCCCAGUGGGGAAAAAUAGGUAAUGUAAGUGACAGGAACCUUUCUAGAGAACAACAUAUUUUAAAAGGAUAAUAAAUUGUGCAGACACAGGUUCUAAAUUUUGCUCUAAUACUGUUUUUGCAUCAUAUGUCACAUUUUCAUAGCUUACCUUGCUCAUGAAACUAUUAACUGCAGUUUUUAAGCCCCCAUGAUUUUAUUUCAUACAAAUUUUGAAGCUGUAUUUGUUUCCUUUAGUUUUGGAAUCUUCCUUGCAUUACUAAGGUCUAUAAUAUCUUAGGUAGAAGUUUUCCCCCAGCCCUUCUAUCAGAAUGGGCUCUUCUGCAUGCAAAGCAUCUUCAUAUCACUGAGCAGUAUAUCCUUUUGCUAUAUGCUAUCACAUAAUGUCUGAAACUGCAGUGUUUCAUGUAAAAUAGAGCUGCAUGUUUUAGUUAGACAAAACAUGGAAAUGCCUUUUAGUAUAUGUUGAGUGGUUUUCCUGAACUGAAACAAGAUUGCAUAAAUCCUGGACAUGUAAACAAAAGUGUAUAUAUAGCAUAUUAUUUGUGCAUUUUUGUGUGAAGUCACACAGAAAGAAAGCAACUAGCUGUCACAGUUCUAUAAAUUAGAUCAUGCGCAUUAAUCAGUUAUAUGCUAAAAUAUGUAAGACAGUGGCAUGAUCUAGCUGCUUCUGUUUGUGGAAAGUAUAUUGUAACUUAUUUUGCUAAACACCCUGCAGUGUGCUGCUUAACUCCUGCAGAUCACUUACACAUAGUGGCCACAGUUCUGUGGACUCGUGGCUAUGGUGCUGCUCUGGCAGAGUAGCCUACACACUACGAUGACUUACCAGAAAUGGUAGGACUGCAUUGCAAUGUGUUGCAUUGCUCAUCACAGGAGCAGCAUACGUAGCACAACACUGAAAGGCGAUUAAAAUAAAUUUCUUCAUGAGCCCCUUCUGAAUCAUAUCUCAGUCCUUUGGAUUGGAUCCAAGCCCAUUUAAACGGGACAGGUUGGGUAUUAUUAAGUCCCAUUGAUUUUACUCGAUCUCUAAGCAUGACUAAAACCUCCCCCCCCCCCUUUAUUGGUACUCUGCGGUUGUGUCAUUUUUCCCUAAGGUUUUGGAUUCUUUUCUGCUCAUUUGCAUUCUUGGUAUGGCAAGUUUGCCUUUUGUAAAGCAUUAUUAUGCAACAUAAUGUUAGUCAUUCAAUUUUGCAUAUAGCCAUGACUAGAGCCUCCAGUAUAUUGGUAAAAUGAGAUUGUUCAUUGCUUGCAAGCCAGAUCAUUGACUAUACUGGGUUCUAGCCAGUGCUAGUCCUGCUCAAAGUAGAUCCAUUGAAAUUAAUGGCCAUGAUUAACUUAAACCCUUUAAUUUCAGUGGGUCUACUCUGAUUAGGACUUAGUUGGAUGCAACCCAUUAUGUCCAACACUGCUUUACUUCUCCCACCUUCCCUUCCUUAGAGGCACAACUAAGUUCAUUUUCUUUUGAAAAUUGCUUCAUGCUGUAGUUGGAGUAUAAGAACAACAAAAGUCAUUUGAUCAUUUAAAAUGUUCAACUGUAGAACUUGCCUUUCAGUUUCUCGGAACAGGGCCAGAAGAUCAGCAGACGAUGAUGGAUCAGCCUCUGGUAUCUAUAGGGAGACUUUGUACAAUGACAACUGGCAGUAAGAUACUGUAGCGUGACACAUACAGGAAUACCACUUCAGUAACUACUUUUAAAAAGGGAGAUGAGAGAAUAUUGUCUUCAUUUUGUGAUAGAUGGCUCUUUCCUUUACAGCCAAACAGGCAAAAAGUUAAUGGCGAAGUGUCGAAUGCUUAUCCAGGAGAAUCAAGAGCUUGGAAGGCAGCUGUCCCAAGGACGUAUUGCACAACUUGAGGCAGAGUUGGCUUUACAGAAGAAAUAUAGUGAGGAGCUUAAAAGCAGUCAGGAUGGUAAGGGUUUUUUUAUAAAGAAAAUAGAAAAAAUGCCUUUUAUCUGUAGGCUUCACCAGUUAAUGUUGUGAUGUGGGUAUUAUGUUUCCACUGUGGAGUAUGUUUAAACAUUAUGAAUAAAGGGAUAAUUUCAAGCUCAUUUAAUCAGAUUCCAUGGAAGCACAAAAAAUUAAACAUAAAUCUAGUUUUUCAUGAAGGUAAAUGUAGUGUGACAUGUAAAAUAACAGAUUGACUAGAAUAUGAAGGAAUUCCACUAGGAAAUAGUCAUGUGUGACUACUUGCAUAUGUGUGUGUUUGAUACUUUGCCCUCCAAGGGUGCUGUGGACUUUAUUCUAAAACAGAAGCCUUCUUUGCUACACAGCAGAAGACUAAUUUGAAAUUGAGGAAAGUACAACAGCAUUAUGUGAUAAAACAUGGUGGUCUGCUUUUCAUAGUAAAGCAACCCAAGCCCCUUUGGGUGGCAGACAGGCACAUGGGUACCUAAAGUAGUUAUCAGGAUCACAGAGCUUGCUUUGUAAAUUUUGCUUUGGCCCAGUUCUGACCAGCACAUUUCCAGAAGAAGUUCGUACAAAGUUAAAAUUUGUAUCUCAUUUAUUGUUAUGAAUUUUACCUUCAGUUGUAGAUAGAUGUAUUGAGUUAGAGACAUGGGCGUGCUUUGGUAUAAUGCUAGCACUUUGUAUCACAACUAGCGGAAACUUUUGCUGUAGGGAUUACACGGAUUUAACCCUUCAUUGGAAAUAGUUUUGGGGGCAAGUAGGAUUGUAGGCACUAGAGAAAUUAAAUUGUACUUGACUGGGUAUUGAAAUUUUCUAAUAGUAGAAAAUACCGAAAAAAUCACGAUUAUGUUUGCCGAAUGAAGUUGUUAUUGUUAAUGUUUGCCUGUGUUGGCAUACUUGUUAGUAUCAUUCUAUCAGGCUGGUGAUGAACAGCAAACUUCCAAAGAGAAUGUUGAUAUUACAUUUAUUCAUAUUGCCAAAUAUGUAUGAACCAUAGCUGUCAACUUUUCCCUUUUCUUGCGAGGAAUCCUAUUCGGAAUAAGGGAAUUGCCUUUUAAAAACGGGAAAAGUUGACAGCUAUGGUAUGAACACUGUGAGUGAAGUUUUUUAAAUGUACAGUUAGUGAUUAUAUACUACAUAGGUUUUUAUAUGAGGGAUCAUGGUACAGAAACAUUACUGGUGCAAAAACAGAACAUUAUUUGCCAUGGAACCCCAGUUUUCCCCACUUCCAAAGAUAGCAUAGAAGAUCAUGCAAAUUAAUAUAUAUAAAUGUGGUGAUGUAUGCUAAGAGUAAAUGUUUUAAGGCAAAAUGCCCAGAAGUUAUAAGGAAGACGCAUGUAACCAUGCAGGUUGGGACUGCCAUCCCUUAACCUUGGAGCAUUUGCAGAUAUCUUAACAAAUCGAUAGCUGUAACAGUUUUCCCCCCUUGAAGAAUCUUUGCCUGAUAAUGCAUUUGGGCCCUGGUGCAAAAUUCUUUGCAUUUGGAUUUGCAGGAACUUGCUGCUUCAUUUAUAAUCAUUUUGGUAGGCAUUUUGAGAUUAAAACAAACAUUCUAUGAAAUGUCUUCUGCUCUGUAUUUUUCUCUAGUUCUUUUUCUUUGUAUAUGCCCAUGAGUGUGUGCUACCCAUUGGGUUAUGCUGUCCUAGCAUGGGAUGUGGAAGUUAUUUUUUUGGAGCUCUGUAUUGGCUAUGUAGAUUAGGAAAAAUAUGUACACAAAGCCGUCAACAUAUGAAUAUGUUAUUAACUAAGUUGAGGUGGCUUGAGACAGUUUUAGGAUACAUAAAUGAGCUAUUUUAAGUGUAUGCUCCAAAUGUGUUUUUCUUCAUGUAGAACUGAAUGAUUUCAUCAUCCAACUUGAUGAGGAAGUAGAAGGUAUGCAGAGUACCAUUCUAGUCCUACAGCAACAAUUGAAGGAGACUCGCCAGCAGUUGGUUCAGUAUCAGCAGCAGCAGCAGCAGUCACAAACCUCAGCCCCAGGUAGCAGCCGGACUCCAACUUCAGAAACUGCAGACCAGGGAGAAGCCAUGAGCAAAGACUGCAGUCGUAUGGCAAAUGGACCAAGCAAUGGCAGCUCGUCUCAUCAGAGGACAGCUGGGCCUGGUUUUUAUAGAGAGGGCAGUGGAACAGAGGAUGACUUUCCACCCUCACCAAGCAAUGGUAAUAAGCUUUCCAACCACUCUGAAGAUAGAACUGGCAGAGGAUCUGGUAGCUAUAUAAAUCAACUCAGUACUGGGUACGAAAGUGUAGACUCUCCCACUGGUAGUGAGAAUUCUCUAACUCACCAUUCAAAUGACACAGACUCCAAUCACGAUUCUCAAGAGGAGAAAACAGUCAGUGUGAAAGGUAACAGAACUGCGGGGUCUCGUCAUGUUCAGAAUGGUUUGGACUCAAAUGUCAAUGUACAGGGUUCAGUUUUGUAACCUUUUUUCUGCAACAUUUUUAUAUAGUGUCGUUUAAAUUGGGAGAAGAAACUGUCCAGAACUGUUCAGAUUAGUGCAUAUAUGUCACAAUUCUGCCUUUGUGGGUUUUUUGCUUCGAUACCUCUGCCACUUCUGAAAUUUUAACAAUUACAUUGAAUGUUGCUAAAAGGAUGUUUGUGUAGGCUCAAGAUACUUUUGAGUUAAUGUGAAGUUGAAACGAAUUUUAUUUCCAGGUAUAACACAAUGAUGUCUGUACAAAUCUGUGUAUAUCUAGAACUUGUGCUGCGUAAGGGCAUUCUUUACUCAUACUGUUAUAACACUCAAAUUGUCAUAAUAGUUGUGAGGUAAUGACUGCCAAGUUUGCCCAGUACAGUAGUUUUAUAACUAAAAUGAACUUGGUGAAGGAGUCCUGUAGUAGUCUGUGUUCCAGUUUUGCCACCAUGCAUCUGUGCGUUCUCUUUAGGUGACCGAAUGUUUAAGAAUUUUGUGUGCAUAGUUACUCGGUUUAAGAACUGUUGUAUCCUGUUAAUGCAUAUUGCUCUGUGACUCCAAUAUUAUCUUAACUGUACUGACCAAACCUAAAUAAAGAUUUUUAAUAAUGUAA